UUAAAUGUACUGUCAGUUGUCAGCGAAAUGAACUCAUGUGCGGCGAGUGUUCUGUUCUGGCUUAUUUGCGACGAUAUGGACGUCGGAACCGUUUACGUGUUGGUGCCGCAUACUACAGGGUAUUACCACUUUGAUAUUUUGAAAUAAAAAACAAUUUUUUGUUUUUUCAUAAUGGGGUUUGGUUAUUAAGUGAAUAGUUCAGUGUUUUUGAAAUCGGAGUUUUUAAUUGUGACGUUUUUGUUUCUGUGCAACUGUUGAGAAAUCCAUUGAGAAAUGAUUCACGCUGGCGCGUGAAAAUCUAAAUUAGAUGGCAUGUCUGAAAUACGGCGCUAAGAUGUGGUGCCGAAUUAUUUUAAUCGGAUUUUUAAUUGGUGCUGCGGUUUCGCAGUCCAAUUACGACAAUCAAGCCAAUAGCAUCGAAUACACCGGAGAUGGCUUACCAGAAUCUACCAUCUUGGAUGGAAAAAUUACAAAGCUAGAUGACAUAGCUCCGAUUAUUUUCCUUAACCGAACGAAAGCUGCGCUGAACUGCGCAGCUGGAUACAUGCAGAUUGAUUUGAAAUUCGAGCAUCCGUUCUAUGGAAUCGUAUACGCAGAUUUUGACAGAUCUAGCUCAUGUUUGAUUAGUGGAAAUGGAACCAUCACAGCCAGGAUAGAUUUACCUUUGAAAGGAUGUGGAACCAUACAGAAUCCUACCCGUGUUUUUACCAACAACAUCGUUGUGAGGUUUCAUUCGAGUUUGGAGAUGGAUGGCGACGAAGUAAUCACAAUCGUUUGUAGGUAUCCACCUCCUGUUGCUCCGCCACCACCGCCAUAUCCAGUACCACUAUUACCGGUCGAGCAUCCAUCCGAGCAACCACUGAAAGGUUUUCAAAUAUUAUUGAUAAUUUGUGGAAUUCUAUUCUUAUCUCUGGUACUACUCGGAUUAGCCGGAUCAUAUUACUGCCUUCGUAAUCAAAGAAUUCAAGUAAUCCGUAGACAUCCUGUACCAGCAACUGGUUCUGAAAUCACAAAAAUAUCGGAUUCCAGUUUAGGAAACCUUUCGAUGUACGAUGGGUUGAGGAUCCCCAGAGCCCAUACACUCAUCACCACUACUGCCAGCAUUAGCGAAUCCGAAGUUGCCAUUAUUAGUGGAGCCGAUACACUGCCAAGCGAUUACCCUUCGGAAUCGCCUAGUACAACGCAUUCCGAGGUAGAAGAAAUGGAUGGUCGAAGUUUACGCAGAUCGUUGAGCUCCAGCGGUUCUUACGAGAACAGAGCUUACGCGCAAGAGAGCUCGUACUUCUCAGAACAAUACGGCCACUUGAGUGAAAUGGAGGUUACCACCGGUUCGGCUAUCAAACACAGGCCGCCACCUCCAGAGCCCAAGUUCAACGUCGAAAUGAGGGUUAAGAAAGCUCCCCUACCUCCGCCAACGCCUAGUCCUCCGUCGUCCGAUUCCGAGGGUAGUUUGAUCUUGCAAGAGCGUAAUUUGAGCACUAUUCACGAACGAGACGAAACCGUCGAAUUGACCGAACGAUCGAGAAUGUUCAUGUACAAGCCAGAAAUUCAUACACCACCUAAAACGAAGUCGCCUCCUAUAUAUUCGGAAGUUAUUCGCAAACACGAUAAAUUCGACAAGACCGAGUAUAUUGAAGAAACUUUCGACAGAUCUACCAUGGAAGAAAACGAUUUCCACCGUACUGAGCUGCAUACCGAAGUAAAAGAACCUCCUUUGGUCAUCCAACGUCGUCCCGAGAUAACUUCUCAUUUCGUCGAUGACGUAUUCUUACGUACCAUUACCGAAAAGAAAACCAUCGAGGAUAUCGAACGUCAUCGUCGCCAAGUUACCGAAUACCAUGCAAAACCGCCGCCUUCUCCACCCACUAAAUGGGAUGUUGAAAUUCGAAACUACCCGAAUCCCAAUGCUCCUUCACCCAGCGGCGACGAAACCGCCACUGAUUGGGAAAGCCAUUCCGAAAACUCGUCAAUUUACGGUAUACCAGCGGUUAGCAGAUCAGACGAACGUUAUAGAACGCAAAUGGACCUCGAACAGCAAUAUCGUUCAACUUUAGACAUACCAAUGCCAAAUCCACCGCCUCAAAAUUGGGAUUCGUUGGUCAAAGUGUUGGAAUAUUCUCCAGGAGAAACAUCGGAAACCAAAGAAUACCGAAGUGAGCAAACUCUCUCAUUGGAGGAUAAGAAAAAAUGGCGUAAAAUCAUCACGACCGAAUCUACAUUGCGUACGAUGCUGACGGAAGCUUCUACUAGAGAAGAUUACGAAAGUAUACGUAAAGAUCAGAGAUACAAGAAAUUAUUCGAUCCUCCGAAAUGGGACGUCAUCAUACGCGUUUUAACACCCCCUGAUCGAUUAUUCGACCAAAGAGCUCCUGGUGGGUCGAAUCGCUACCGUAGAAAAUCCGAAUGGGAUACUCGUAGCAGAAGAAGUUCUCUGCCAACGCUAUACGAAUACGAUUCGGACGCCUCGUCUGUACGUCUAGCUGAAGUUUUUGCACCUUACACAUCCGAUCCUUUAGCACACUCUAGAAGAACGUCCAGGUCUAGUUUAAGAUCUGAUAUGGAUGUUAGAUCAAUGAGCGAAAUUAUGGUUGAUUUUGCCCGACAAGAUGUUCCCGAUAACAUGAGCGAUGGCAGUUCCUAUUACAAACCUAGAAGGUAUUUUGACAAAGACGAUGAAGAAACUGGUAGUCUAGUUAGAUCUCUUAGUCAGCCAUCGUUAGCCAGAUCAGCUUCCGAGUUUACCGAAAGCUGGGGUAUUAGAAGAGGUAAUUGGGAUAUAGAUAGUCCCGAGCAUUCUCCCAGAUCAUCCGCCAGAUUUGGUAGAAACGAACAAAGCUUGUCCUCAACCUCGUACAAUGUACAACAAUCUUCGAACUCUCAACAAAAACGCUGGUUCAGAGAAGGUGAUAAUUGAACAAUGUGAUUUCUAUAAAGCUAAUUUGAAAUUUUGCUCAUAUUCAGCUCAUCAUGUUGAUGCUACAAAAAAACUUGACUUUCUUCUUGUGGAAUCUUGAAAAUACUUUACCUAUACCUACAUACAUAUUUCUUUAGUCAAAAAAGAAAACUUUUCAAAAACUACUUUCAACUUAAUUAAUAUCCGAGCUACGAACAGUCAUACUUACUUCAUCCUUUUGAUUUUUGUGAAAAUUUCUCUAAACAUAUUUCAAGACGUAAUACAAGAUAAAAGUUACCCCAAUGAACGUCUAUCUACCUAAUUAUAUAAAGCUGCUGCGGUAACAAGCCGUUUUAAACAACAUGAUUACAAAUGUUACGCUCUAAUAAAAAAGACUUGUUUAUUUUUUAAUUUCAAAAAUUGCUGCAAAAAUGUAGGUAUUUCGACUUUUCCUUCUAUUUUUUAUACGAUGGGAUUGAAAAAAAUAAAAGGUAAAAAAAAAACAGUAGCAGAGAAGUAAGAAAACAGUGUUAUUGUAAUUUCGAAAUUAAAAGGUUCGUGGAAGUUGAUUAAAGCGACGCUAAAGCCAUUGGUUGAUGACCAGUCACAUUUUUUUAUUUGAAUUUGUUCGUUCAUUACUUAUUCAUGAAGAGCUGAUAGGGCUUUUUUAAUGUCUUUCACUUCAUUUUAUAUUAGGUGAACAAGGCAUACGUAUUUAUGGUAUCAAUCCAUGUACCAACAUAAAUUUUGGGAAUCGUACUUACCUAUAGGUACAUGUCCAUAAAUAUAUUUUUUCUGGAUGUUGAAAAAUUAUAGGUACCUAGAGAUGUGCACUUUUCAGAAAAGUAAUUUUAGUGAAAUGAAAAGUGAAAAGUUCAUUGAAAAGUGUGAAAAGUUGUGAAAAGUGUGAAAAGUAAAUUGUGCGAGUCUCAUUUUAAAGCUCUCUGUAAGAGCUUCAAAUUGAUGUAUUUUAUGCCAAUCUAAAACACACAAAAAAAACAAAAUCAUUUUUUUCACCUACUUAAUCAAAUAGUGGUAGUUUUGAGCCUUUCUACACCCUCCAACAUUUUUGGGGUUUUCAGUUUUUAAAAAAAUGAUGAGAAAAAUAUCAAAAAUGGGUGCUUAAUUGCGAAGGGGGAGGGAGUGGAGAGAGUGAAACUUGAUAUUUGACUUCAUCAAUGAGGUAAGUGAUCUCUGAUGAGUAAAUUGAUUGGUCACUCGCUUUUUUUUUUAGUAAAAACAGCUGAAAAGUGAAAUGAAAAGUAGGAACUUUUCUUUUCAACUUUUCAUUGGAAGAAAAGUACUUUUCACUUUUCACUUUUCACACUGCACAUCUCUAUAGGUACCUAUAGCCUACCUACAAUAGAAUAACAAUUUUUUGAUAUUUGUCGAUUCGUUAACCUUUCCAGACAUGUUGAAAAAAUUGAGCCAUUUUAAAACGAUCCAAAAGUCUGACUCGUCGUUCCACAUGUCUUUUUUAUACUUAUCUAUUUCGAAAAAAAAAAAGUUCAACAUAAUCUGAUACCUUUUUGUUGGUAUCGUUUAUAUGUAUGUACGUUAGCUAUCGUAUGCUUUAGAGAUUAAAUUAUAAAAGCGUAUGGAUGACAAAAAAGAACGCGUUUUUUUUCAAGACUGUUCGAAAAAUAUUUUUUAUAAUUAUUUCGCUCUACCGCUCAGUCAUAAUUUUUAGCAUAUAGUAUGAUUAAUAUGUUUGAUUUUGUGAUUAUUUGGCAUUUGUUAUACAUACUUUACUUACCUAAUGCGUAUCUUAGUACAUAGGUACAUUACAAAAUAUCUACUUGACGGAAAUUCUUAAUUUCCAUCAUUGUUUGAUACUUUUUACGUCAAUACAUAUUACGUAUAGUAAAAUUGACGCAUAUUUUGAUAUUUGCAAUCUUCUCACUCUUAUAGGGUUAAAAAGUACUUUUUUUUUCUUGGCUAUAUAGUCUAAAGUGGUAACACUACAUUCCAGUUGAAGACCGCGGCACGUUUACAUUUUCAAAACAGGACUUUCUUAUUCGAUGCUAUAUUUCCACUAAUUUCACAUUAAAUAGAACUAAAUUUACGUGUGGUGAGUUGUUUUGCAUUCUUGCUAUCAUGUAAAUGAAAUAUUGUUAAAACUUAGUUAAAACUAUGAAAUAAUCGCCGAAGUUCCUGAGUGAUAAGAAAAGUCCUGUUUUGAGAUGUAAACACCUAAGAACUAAGAGCACAGAAGUGUUACCACUUUUGGAAUGUAGUGUUACCAUUUUAGACCAUAUAGCCAAGAAAAAAAAAGUACUUUUUAACCCUAUUACGAGUGAAGAUCAAAUUUUAAUUAAAUUCUUAAUAUAUGUACGAUGUACCUAUUUAACGUAUUUUUAUUUUUUUUGACUGCUGCAAAGUUAUGAUUAACUGAUUUUUUUUCUGUUUGAAAAGAGUUAACCAUAUGAAGUUUAUAAGUACCUAUAUUUAAUAUUGACGAAUUUUUUAUCUAUGUAUAAUAAUUAUUUUUAUUACGUGUUUUUAAUUUUUUUUUUUUUUUGGUAAUUUAAUUUAAAUUAAGAUGAGCUGACGAACGUGGAUAUAAUAUGUAUACCUAUCGUGUACGUGAGUAAUUUGUAUUAGUGUGUUAUUUUCUACAAUUAUUAUUCUUUUUUUUCAUGAAUAAAUCGAUCUCUAAUUUAAAUUUUAACAUUAUUAAUUUAAUGAUAUUUUAUUAAGUCUUCAUAUUUCCAUGUGCUGAACGAACAUGCGUAUUGAUUUUAAAAUAAUUGUACUCUUGUCAUUUUAAAUAUUUGGUUUACCUUAUUUAUCUCAUGUUUUGUUUUUCUAAUUACCUAUCUAAUUUGUAGAAUGUUCAACUUACAUUUGCAAAAUUACAAGAAGUGCCAAAAUAUUUAAUUAUAAGUGAAUAAGUAUAUAUUUAUUUGCUCAAGAUAUUUUCGCAAUUUUUGUUUCUAUGAAUAGAAAAAACUUUUACUUAAUCGAUUUGAGGUAUAAAGUUAAGAAAUUUGAAUUGCCGUGAAUUAUUUUUUGCUUAAUCAAUUUUUCAUUACUCACUUGCUUUAUAAAGUGAGACUGAAAAAUUGAUUGAAAACAGAUUUCGUUAUAGCUUAAAAAUGUUAAUUUCUUUUUUUGUACGAAUAAUCAAAUAAAAAUUUUAACUACAAUGUUUUUUAUCAUUAUCAUAUAGGUACUGUAAAUAUAAUGAUAUUAUGUACCACUAGAUGAUACUAGCAUAAGCUGAAUACUCAAAGAAUAUAUCACUUACCCCGGCUGGAGGCUAUACCAAUUAUAUCACACAAUAAGUAAAAUGUAGUCACGUGUAAGACACUAUGUAUUAAACACAUAAAGAAUAAACACAAUUAAAUACCUUUUAAGAA